GGGGGCUGUAUGGGGGUCGGAAUGGGCUGUCCCUCUCUCCUCUCUUCCGUCUUUCCCUCCCUUGCAUACAUUCACAGUCCAGCUGUCCGUCUCCACACUCACUCUAUCAGGCUGAGGAGUGAGGAUAGAAGAGAAGACGUGCCACCACUGCACUGAAACAAACUAGAGAGGGAUCCACCGGAAGAAAACAAGAAAAACCACUGCAUUCAAGAACACAGCAAGAAGAAAGCCCGGCUUAUUCCUCAGUGUAACUUCAUCGCAGCAUCAUCUAAUCCACACCAGAGACUCUACCAGCGUGUGUGUGUGUGUGUGUGUGUGUGUGUGUGUGUGUGUGAGAGAGAGAGAGUGCAUGUCUGUCUGAUCCCUCCUCUUUAGUCAACACUCUUGGAGGUGUUUUUGUGCCUGUGCUCAUCAGAGCGUGUUGAAGGUGUGUGUGAGGAUGCAGCCUGGGAGUGUUUUGGUCUUUUGUAUGUGCAUCUCUGUGUUUCUCCACCACGCUAUUUCACAGCAACCCACAGAAACUGACACCUACACGGAAUGUACAGAUGGAUAUCACUGGGAUCCACAGACUCAACACUGCAAAGAUAUAAAUGAAUGUGAGACAAUCCCAGAGGCCUGUAAGGGAGAGAUGAAGUGCUUCAACCACUAUGGCGGGUACCUGUGCCUUCCUCGCUCUGCCUCGGUCAUCCCUGCCCCUGAACCACCCAACCAGAUCCCCCCCAGCCUGGAGAACACGGCCAGCGAGCCAUUCAACCCGUGCCCUCCAGGUUUUGAGCCCCAGGGAGACAGCUGCGUGGAUGUGGAUGAGUGUGAACAGGACAGUCACGACUGCCAGCCCAGUCAGCAGUGUUUCAAUACAGAAGGCUCCUUCUCCUGCCAGUGUCCAGAUGGGUAUCGCAAAGUGGGGACAGAAUGCAUCGACAUUGACGAGUGCCGGUACCGCUACUGUCAACAUCGCUGUGUUAAUGUCCCUGGCUCAUUCUCCUGCCAGUGUGAGCCUGGCUUCCAGCUGGCUGGCAACAAUCGCUCCUGUAUUGAUGUUGAUGAGUGUAGCAUGGGGGCCCCCUGCAGUCAGAGGUGUUAUAACACGUACGGGACGUUCCUGUGUCGAUGUGAGCAGGGUUAUGAGCUGGGGCCAGAUGGCUUUGCCUGCAAUGACAUAGACGAGUGCAGCUACUCCAGUUACCUGUGCCAGUAUCAGUGUGUUAAUGAGCACGGCAAAUUCUCCUGUGUCUGUCCUGAAGGAUAUCAGCUCCUGGGCACGCGCCUCUGCCAAGACAUAAAUGAAUGUGAGACAGGAGCUCAUCAGUGCUCUGAUGGACAGACUUGUGUGAACAUUCAUGGAGGUCACAAGUGUGUUGACAACAAAAGCUGUCAGGAACCCUACGUACAAGUGUCAGACCGCUGUACAUGUCCUAUCACAAAGCCUGGCUGUCGAGACAUGCCCUACUCCAUUGUGCAUCGCUACAUGAGCAUCACGUCCGAGCGCUCUGUCCCCUCAGAUAUCUUUCAGAUCCAGGCCACCAGUGUCUUACCUGGAGCCUACAACACCUUCCGUAUCCGCUCUGGAGAUGACAAUGGAGACUUUUACAUCAGGCAAAUCAACAACAUCAGCGCCAUGCUUGUUCUCGCCCGUGCCGUGAAUGGUCCCAGAGAGUAUGUGCUGGAUCUGGAGAUGGUUUCUAUGAACCCGCUCGUGAGCUACCACACCAGUUCUGUCCUGCGCUUGACCAUCUACGUUGGGCCUCAUGCCUUUUAA